AUGGCAACCCAUUCCUGGCCUCCCUCUAGAGCUGCUCCCCCUAUCCAUCUGGGAGACAUGGGAUCCCAAUUACUGCCAGCCCCCUCUGUUGACAACUACAAUGUUGGGGAAGUGUCCCUCAAAAGGGUCAUCCACCUCCUGUGUGGGGUCCAAGGACAACUGGACUGCCUCAAACAAAAAUUUGGCAAACAAGCCAAAGCAAUCAAGGAGACCUGCUCCAUUGUCAAAGGAGUCUCCCAAAUGGUUGAUGGCAUUGAGGCUAGGAUUCCCCAAGCCCCUCAACCAAGCACCCCCAAGGACCAAAAGGCACCACCCCUGGUCAAGGAAACCCCUUGCCCCCUACCCAAAACCAAGCCUAAGCAAGAGGCUAUCCACCUGGCCUUUACAGGCCCAACUAGAUCCAUCCCAAGGCUUUACCAGCCCACUCCUGUCAAACCAAUCCUUCCCCCCAUGUCCCCCCUCUAUUGGGCCCACUCUGUCCAGAUGCCUACACCUCCCCCUCCAGCUCCAGCUACAGCCACUAUCCCUCAAUACACAGCUGUCAAAGUAGACCACCCAGACCCUUACAAAGGGAAGGUUGGGAGCAAGUCUAAGCAAUGGCUGACCUGCAUGCUUGUGUGGGUCCAGCUGAAUCAAAGGAUGUUUCCCACCCAGGUGGAAGUCCUUUCAUUCCUGCUCAUGAACAUGGACAAUGCUGCCAGUGCAUGGGCCCACCCCCACUUGGACCUUCUAGGGUCCCAUUGCACAAUCAUCCAGACCACAGAUAACUUCAAAAGGGAAUUCUUGGCAGCCUUUGGGGAUCCAGAUGCCACAAGGGCAGCAGAACAUAAAAUUACUUCACUUACACAAACUGGUACUUGUGCCAAUUAUAUCACAAAGUUCUGCACCCUGGCAAUGGAAUUGGACUGGAAUAAUGCAGCCCUGAGGGGCCAAUUUGCAUGA